AUGCCACAUCAGCACACUGCAGGCAUCCCGGACACGUUGCGGCCACUGUGCUGGCGUUUGUUGCUCGGAUAUUUGCCAGUGGAACGGCGACAGUGGGCAUCGUACCUGCAGAAGCAGCGUGAAAUCUAUAACAGUCUUGUGGAGGAUGUAAUCGUGCAUCCCGGUCAAUCGUCCUCCUCGCCAGAUUGCUCCGCUUCCGAUGAUCAUCCGCUAAAUUUAAAUCCGGACAGCAGAUGGAACAACUAUUUCAAGGAAAACGAAUUAUUGGCGCAAAUUGACAAGGACGUCCGUCGUCUUUGUCCAGAGAUCGAUUUUUUCCAGCGGAUCACUUCCUUCCCGCAUAGGUCAGCCGCCCAGAUCAAUUUAUCGCGCCGUAUUUGUCAAGAAAGUCUUCGUUCUGAAAUACCAUCAAGCAGCCAUUUUACUCCAGGAAAUUUCAUCGCCCAGCCGAUCAAAAAAGCUGACAAGGAAUAUUCGAAUGUUGUAGAUGGGCAUAUUGAGUACCACUGGCAGGUGGUUGAAAGAGUGUUAUUUAUAUACAGCAAGCUGAAUCCUGGAAUCAAAUACGUCCAGGGAAUGAACGAAAUUGUGGGCCCGUUAUACUAUGUUUUUGCCAGUGACACAGAUGGUGAGUGGGCAGAAUCUGCUGAAGCCGACACAUACUAUUGUUUUCAGUUGUUAAUGAGCGAAAUCAAAGAUAAUUUCAUCAAAACGCUUGAUAAUUCCAACUGUGGCAUAGAAUGGCUUCUGGCAGUGUUUGAUGAGCGGUUGCGUGAUUUCGACUUCGAACUGUACAGACAUCUCACAGAUAUAGGUAUAAAGCCUCAGUUUUAUGCCUUCCGUUGGCUGUCGUUGCUUCUCUCUCAGGAGUUUUCUCUUCCAGAUGUGAUAACAAUUUGGGACUCGUUGUUUUCAUCGUUUAAUCGCCAACGUUUUCUUCAUUGGAUCUGCUUAGCAAUGAUGGAAAAGAUUCGGGAUCAGCUAGUUGAAGGAGAUUUUUGCAAAUGUCUGAAAAUGCUGCAGAACUACGGUGAAACGGAUGUUGGCGAAUUGAUAGUGGCUGCGCAUGAAAUGGACGCAGGUGGACGACACUGUUUUGACACCAGCAACAGCAACACACAGACGAGGAGCUUAUCGUUUUCGAAGUCGAGCUCGGCCAUCAACUUCAGCAGUACUCUGACAAAUGCCCUAAGAGCUCUUUCAAAAAAGUAA